GAAGUGAAAGUGAAGAUGACUUAUCUGGUGUUACUAAAAAUGAUGCAGGAAUCUUUUACCAACGCGUUGAGGGACAAUCAUUUCCUGGACCCAAUAAUGCUAUCAUGAAUUUCCUACCUUCCAAAGAAAAAGAAAAGGAUAAAUAUACUACUUACAAAAUUCAGGAUAAUGUACCCCAACUCAAUUCUUUUAGGAAUGGCUAUAAUGAAAUUUAUAGUCUCAAUCUCCGAAUCAAUAAUAGCCAAGAUGAUAAUGAAAUUUUUGUAAUUGAAAUUCCUAAGGAAAAAAAGGUCGACAUGCUCAAACCUAUAGUAAAGAAACGGUUGUCACCUCUAUUUGAUUAUAUUCCUUCCACCAAAAUCAAGCUUUGCAUGAAUCAUCCCCAAGGUGAAAGAAGCAUGCAACCAACAAUCGAAAUUUCUAAAUAUUUCCAAAGGGCUCCUGAUCCAGAUAAUAUUCACAUUUUCGUAUAUCCUCCUACCCAUUAG